AUGGCAGCAUCUGCUGCAAACAGCCCGUGCCUGGCUGGCGUGGGUGCAGCUGGUGCACGGCAGUUUCUGAACCGUGUAGGAAGCUCCUUGCUUCAGCAGCCGGGCAGCGUGUGCGGGAUGUGUCCCUGCUCUGCUCGGAUUACAAAGCCAUUGACAUUUGCUGACUGUGUUGGUGAUGAGCUUCCUUUAGGAUGGGAAACUGUUUAUGAUCAACAGAUUGGAGUUUAUUAUAUGGACCACAUAAAUCAGCUCACACAAAUUGAGGACCCAAGGGAGCAAUGGAGAAGGGAGCAGGAACGCAUGCUAAAGGAAUAUUUAAUAGUUGCCCAGGAGGCACUCAAUGCCAAGAAAGAGAUUUACCAAAUAAAGCAGCAGCGUUUUGAACUAGCACAAGAAGAAUAUCAACAAUUGCACAAAAUGUGUGAGGAUGACAGCCGUUCUUAUGCCAGCUCAUUCUCUGGAUUUUCAACUAAUACCAAGUAUGACCCAUAUCAGAUUAAAGCAGAAAUAGCCAGCCGUCGUGACAGACUUUCUAGACUAAAACGAGAAUUGGCACAGAUGAAGCAGGAGCUGCAAUAUAAGGAAAAAGGAGUGGAAACUCUGCAAGAGAUUGAUCGUAAGAUGUCAAGUGCUCAUACAAAUUAUAGACUGGAUGAAGCACAGGCUAUAAUGAGUGAGCUUCGAACAUUAAAGAAAGCUAUAUGCACAGGUGAAAAAGAAAGGCAGGACCUUAUGCAG